AUGGAAGAAAAACGUUGUCGACGAAACUCUGUUUCAAGUGUUCAUUCACAGUCGAAUUAUUCGAUUGCAAAUGUUCAAUGCUCCGAAGACCAUACUCAUGCUAUAGUCCAAAGAGAAAAAGAUAAUAAAGUUAUCCUUGUACCUUUGGAUUGUUUUAUUAAUUUUGGUAAAACUGUAAAAGUAAGUGAAACUGCUACAUACAAGUCAACCAUGGGUUCUAGAAAAUCAGAACGUGGAAAAGUAUUGCUUUUCGGUAGUGAAGAUUUAUGUGUUGAACAACUUCAAGUUAUACAAGAGGAGAAUAUUGAAGAAGGUCAACUUUCAGAAAAAACAAAACAAAUUGAUGAUCGAUUUGAUACAUUUCGUUCAAAAAAGAUAAAUUCGGCUAGUAGUAUUACUGUUGGACCACCAACACGUUACGAAAAAAAGGCAUCUCAACUUAAACGAAAAUUGUUUGAUGAUAAUAAUGAAUUCCUAUCAACUAAUGAGAAUAUUCUCGAAGAACCAGAUCCGUACGCAUUCAUAUUACCUAAUCUAUCUUUUCAGCAGAUGAAGUUGAUGAAAUCAAUAAUUGCUCAAAAAAAAACAAAAUUUAACAAUCUUGUUGCUAAUGACUUAUCAGCAAAACGAACAAAUGAUGUUAAUCAUCAAAUUUUGUCAAAAAAGUUAACUUCAACUGCCUCAUCAAACCAAGCACGAUCUCAAUCAGUCUUGAAACCGCUCAAGCACGAAGAUGCUCUACCCAAUGCAGGAGCUCGUUCAUGGUUUAUUAAUCUUGGAAAAAGAUUGGGUGAACAAUUAUCUGCAAAAACUAUUUGUGAACAUGCCGAACUAAUAAACAAUAUCAAUGCAAAUGUACUUCUUACUUGUAUUGAAGAUAGGGGUACUGCUACAGUUCGACAAAUUAUUCGUGCUUUAUAUUCAGAAGAACAGUUGUCAGGAAAGACCGGACCAAAUGCUGUUUCCAAACAAUUACGUGAAGCUAUUCGUAGUGAGUACCAUCUUGAUGACUAAUUCUCUACCGAAAACAAAGAUAAGAUGUCGAUGUAUCUCUUUAAAAUUCAUAGACGACUUCUAAUUAAUAGAAGGUUACUCUCUCUUUAUGAAUAUAUUAUAUUAACCGAGAAGAAGCAUUCUAGCUCAGUUCAUAUGAUCUACAUGGUUCUUAUCAUUAAUAGACAUUGUUUUUUGUAGGUCUUCAGAAAUUUAUUUGAUUCUAAUUUAGAUUUUGUGGAUUACAGCAUGGUCCAAUACCUAAACAUGACUUUAAUGAGGCCAUUAAUGACGUUUUUCGUCAAGCAAAAAAAGAUAAGGAAAACGUACAGAAACUGACAACGGGACCAUGCGCCAAGAAACAGAAAACUGAUCAUAACCAACAAAAAAUUAACAACAUGCUUUGUUCAAAGAAAUCGACAUCAAGUGUUGCAAAUAGGACAACAACAAUGUGUAGUAAUACAAUUUUGGAUAAUGAUGAUGAUAAUUGACUAUGAUAAAAACAGAUUGUCAACAUUCCUUUUUGUGCAAACUUAUAUUAAUCAAGCAUAAGCAUUCAUAUAAAGGAAGAAAAAGAGAAUUGUUGUUUUUGUUAUUGAAAGAGUAAAACUUUAAAAGAUAAGAGAUUCAAACUCUUUCUUAAUCCUUUAAAGAGAAUAUUUUAUGAGUAAUUUAGAAAGUGUCUAAUUAGAAA